AUGGGGAGUUAUGGUUCAGUAUAUAAAGGAGUGCUCUUGGAUGGGAUGAGUAUUGCGAUAAAGCAGUUGCACUAUUUCAAAGCCUUGAUACUAGAGUACAUGCCUAAUGGGAGCCUCGAGAAGUGGUUGUAUUCGCACAACUGUUGCUUGGAUAUCCUCCAACGAUUAAAUAUCAUGAUAGAUGUUGCAUCAGCCUUAAAAUAUCUACAUCAUGGUCAUACAACACCCAUUGUUCACUGCGAUUUGAAGCCCAGCAAUGUCCUCCUCGAUGAAGACAUGGUUGCACAUAUUGCUGAUUUUAGAAUUGCAAAACUCUUAAGUGAAGGGGAUCUUAUAGUACAAACCAUGACCUUGGCAACAAUUGGAUAUAUGGCACCAGAAUAUGGAACGGGACGAAUAGUAUCUACAAGAGGUGACAUCUACAGUUAUGAUGUUAUGUUGCUGGAAACAUUCACAAGGAAGAAGCCGACGGAAGAAAUGUUUGCUGGGGAGAUGAGCUUGAAGCGUUGGGUGAAUGAAGGAUUAAUGGAUGGCUCAAUCAUUGGAGUUGUGGAUUGUAAUUUGAUGGGAAGAGAAGAAGAAGAUUUCUCUGUGAAGGAGCAAUGUGUAUCAUCAAUCUGGGGUUUGGCCAUGGAAUGUUCAAAUGAUUCACUUGAGAAAAGGAUCAACAUGGAAGAAGUCUUGGUGAAAUUGAUUCGCAAGUCGAAGUCCAACUGUCCAGCGAAUGCUGGGUUGAUCUAA